AAUUUAGACAAACCCGCAAAGCAAAAUGGGAAGAAAACAACCUCCAGAGUGUCCUCCACUUCCCGUUUUGUUCACUGCAAUGAUCACGCCAGCUGAGAGGUGGCAUUAAAGAAGAAGAGGGUUGAGGAGAUGAGGGAGAAGCAGCAAGCUGCCCGGGAGCAAAAGAAACACAAGCACAGAACCAUUGAGAAUUACUGUCAGGAUGUCCUGAGACGUCAGGAGGAGUUUGAACGCAAGGAGGAAGUUUUGCAGGAAUUAAAUACGUUUCCUCAGUUGGAUGAUAAGGCCUCAAGAAGGGCUUUUUACAGGGAGUUCCGCAAGGUGGUGGAAUACUCUGAUGUGAUUCUGGAAGUCCUGGAUGCCAGAGACCCAUUGGGCUGUCGCUGUUUCCAAAUGGAAGAGGCUGUUUUUCAGGCAGAAGGCAACAAGAAGCUGGUCCUUGUUUUGAACAAAAUUGACCUGGUUCCCAAAGAGGUUGUGGCGAAAUGGCUAGAUUACCUUUGCAAUGAGCUGCCAACAGUGGCUUUCAAAGCCAGCACCCAGCAUCAGGUCAAGAACUUGAAUCGGUGCAGUGUGCCAGUGGAGCAAGCCUCUGAGUCACUGCUGAAAAGCAAAACCUGCUUUGGAGCUGAAAACCUCAUGAGGGUUCUGGGGAACUAUUGCCGCUUGGGUGAAGUGCGUACCCACAUUCGUGUGGGUGUUGUGGGACUUCCCAAUGUUGGGAAGAGUAGCCUGAUCAAUAGCCUGAAGCGCAGCCGUGCAUGCAGUGUGGGAGCUGUUCCUGGGGUAACUAAACACAUGCAGGAGGUCUACCUGGACAAGUUUAUCAGGCUGCUGGAUGCCCUGGGCAUUGUCCCAGGACCCAACUCAGAGGUGGAUGCCAUCCUGCGCAAUUGCAUCGAUGUGCAGAAGCUGGCAGACCCUGAGACUCCAGUGGAGACUAUCUUGAAGCACUGCAGUCUGGAGGAGAUUUCCAACUAUUAUGGUGUAUCUGGGUUCCAGACUACUGAGCACUUUCUCACUGCAGUGGCCCACCGCUUAGGAAAGAAGAAAAAGGGAGGCUUAUAUAGUCAAGAGCAGGCUGCCAAAGCUGUCCUGAGUGACUGGGUGAGUGGGAAGAUCAGCUUCUAUAUACUACCACCACCCACGCACACUCUGCCUACUCAUAUCAGUGCUGAGAUUGUUAAGGAGAUGACUGAGAUCUUUGACAUUGAGGAUAUUGAGCAGGCCAAUGAAGACACCAUGGAAUGCUUGGCCACAGGAGAAUCUGACGAGCUUUUGGGUGACAUAGACCCACUUGAAAUGGAGAUCAAGAGGCUGCAUUCUCCAGUGAUGAAAAUACCAGAUGCCACUGAAAAUAUAACUACCAUAUAUCAGAGUGGAGAUCUUGCUGGGUGUCACGCCAAUCCAAACUAUUAUCAAGUGGGAUGGGCUAAACGCAAUGUCGACCACCACCAUACCAAGAACAAUAACGUGGUAGAGGUCAGUUCAGUGGACCGUCGCCCAGUUCUGCAGAGAAUUAUAGAGACAGACCCCCUGCAACAGGGCCAGGUUCUGGCAUCUGCCCUGAAGAAUAAGAAGAAGAUGCAGAAGCGUACAGACAAAAUUGCCAGCAAGCUUUCUGAUUCCAUGAUGUCUAUCCUGGACCUUUCUGGCAAUGGUGAUAACAGUGCUGGUGACUAAUCCAAUGAUCUCAUUCCCUUCCCCAAGCUGUGGUUCCUGUGGGAUGGAAGAAAAGAGUUUGGGUCUCUAAAGUACCUGUAUAAUAAAAGAACCUCUUGCA